AGUUUCCUUGGGUGUUGAACGACAGCAUUCCACUUGAAACGGGGGAAAUAAUCUCCAGCUAUCAACUAAACACCUUACCAAUUCCCAUGUGCUGAGUUCCUGGAGUCCUUUUCUUUUGCCCUCCCCGGAUCCAAAUAACAAUAAGGGACGAAUUAUGAGGACGCUAUUAUCCUUCUUGCUGCUUGCGCUGGCGAGCGCAGUGGCUGCCAUCAGCACAUCUGGCAACAGGUUGCUGGUUGUCCUGGACGAUGUCGCAGACAAGGCCACCUACUCCAAGUUCUUCGCUGAUCUAGAAGAACGAGAAUUCAAGAUAACGUACGAAACACCAAAGAGCGACUCCCUAACCCUCUUCAACCUGGGCGAGCGCACCUACGACCACGUCCUCUUCCUGCCCGUCCGCACCAAGGGUCUCGGCCCUAACCUGACGCCCAAGACCCUCCACGACUUCGUCAACGCCAAGGGCAACAUCCUGCUCGCCCUCAGCGCCAACACCACCACGCCCACCUCGCUCGUCGCCCUCCUCUCCGAGCUCGACAUCACCCUCCCCACCGACCGUAACAGCCUGGUCGUUGACCACUUCAACUACGACAUCACUAGCGCCACUGACAAACACGAUGUUCUGCUCCUGCCGCCUCCCAAGCCCAUCCGUGCUGGCAUCAAGGACUUCUUCAGCGAGGGCGCAGGCACUAAGCUGAUCGCCUUCCCGCGCGGCGUCAGUGCCAUCCUCGGCAAUGGCCAGCUUCUCAACCCCAUCCUGCGCGCCCCGCGUACCGCCUACAGCUACAACCCCAAGGAGCAGGCCGAGGCGGUUAACGGGGAUGACCUCUUCGCGGCUGGCCAGCAGCUCUCGCUGGUGUCCACCAUGCAGGCGCGCAACAACGCGCGCGUGACGGUGGUCGGCUCGGCCGAGAUGUUGCAGGACAAGUGGUUUGAUGCCAGCGUGACCAAGCUGGACGGCAAGCCGGUCGUUCAGACGUUCAACCGGGAGUUUUCCAAGCGCGUCAGCGGCUGGACGUUCCAGGAGAUUGGCGUGUUGAAGGUCAACUGGGUGGAGCACCAUUUGGAGGAGGAAGGGGCGCCGAAUGAUUCUAACCCCGAGAUGUACCGGGUAAAGAACAAUGUGUCCUACACAAUCUCCCUCUCCGAAUUCGCCUGGGACCACUGGAUCGGUUUCAACGUUCCCGAACACGACGAGAUCCAGCUCGAGUUCUCCAUGCUCUCGCCCUUCCACCGACUCAACCUGAAGGAGGAAUCGCACCGCCUGGCUGCUGUGCACUACCACACCGUCUUCACCACCCCGGACCAGCACGGCAUCUUCAACUUCAUGGUCAACUACAAGCGCCCCUUCCUGUCCCACAUUGAAGAGAAGAACACGGUGCCGGUCCGCCACAUGGCCCACGACGAGUGGCCACGCAGCUACGUCAUCAGCGGCGCGUGGCCGUGGAUUGCCGGUCUUGGUUCUACGGUCGUGGGCUUUUUGGGCUUUGUGGCGCUUUGGAUGUAUAGUGGCCCUGUUGAUGCGGGGAAGAAGGUGACUGUUAAGAAGACACAGUAGAUAGAGGUAUGUGAUUGGAGGGGACUACUUUUGUGAGUAGUAAUCUGAAAAGAUGCGAUGACUGGGCUAUAGAGAGUUGAAAAAGAUGAGAUGGUAAUCAUGAGGUUUUCUUAGCAUACAUCUCUUGUGUGAUAUAUAACAGCUAUAUACCAGCAGUGGAACACACAGAGACCAUAGAUGCUAGGGCCUUCGAAAACCAGAUAUAGGGCCAUAACCAAUUUUGUUGUUCAUUCGA